AUGGCCGAGGACUGUAACAAACAGAAGGUAUACUUGACUGAUAUAAGCAGGGAGCCGAAUGCUGGAGGUCGGAAGCAGGCCAGAAUAGAACUUCGUGCCCUUAAGGAUGCAUAUGCACUGAAGAUUGAGCCAGACAUGAUGCCAAAGGAAGAGAGCACUGUUCCGGAUACAAAUCUGUUUAGAGUGACUGCUUAUUGCACUGCCGAUGGAUAUGACCUCAAGAAUCUAUACAAGUACUUGAAGAAGAACUCUUUAUGUAAUAAGGUGUCGAUGUACUUUGGGGAGUGCCUGUACACUUUAAUGAACUUCCGGGGCAGUGAGGAAAGACACGAUUGCUUCUUCUACGAAUAUGGUGUUGUAGUAUGCUGGGGAAUGUCUGAAACACAGGAGUCGAUGAUAGUCAAGCUUGUUGAAAAGUAUGAAGAGAACGGGCAUGAGCCGUCAGAAGUUGAGAUUGAGUCCUUCAAAUAUGGAAUAACGGGCAAUCCAUUUAUUAUUAACGAUGUGAUAUACCUGAACUCUGAAAACCACUUUACAAAGAUGGUAAUUUCGAUUGCAAUAGCCCAAAGUGUGAAACUAGACUACUUUGAGAAUCUUGUGGAUAACACUAUCGAAGCAGUCAAGGAGUUCCCUGAGGAGGUUGAGAGGGAGGGAAAGGUCAGCAAAAGCAAAAAGGAGAUAUUAAAGAUGAUAGGCAAGCUUCAUAGGUUACGAUUCAAUCUGAAUCUUGGGUCCAAUAUCCUUGAUGAGCCUGAAUUUGUAUGGGAUUAUCCGGCGUUUUCAUCCCUCUAUGAAACAUGUAAGAGGUAUCUUGACAUCAAGCCAAGAGCCGACUUAUUGAACAGGAGAUGUGAUGUAAUCAAUGGGAUAUUAGAAAUUCUUAAUGAAAAUACUAAUAGAAGCAGCAUUGAAAAGUUUGAGGUUGUCCUAAUUAUUAUAGUAUUGAGCAACAUUGUGUUGAUAAUAUCGCAACUAAUAGAAAUGUACAUUAGGCUUUCAAGUAGGCCAUGA